AAAUUUCUUAUUUUAUAGAUCGUCGUCGUAGUCGAAGUCGUGAACAUAAACGUCGUCGAACCCGUUCCCGUUCAAAUGAACGUCGUAGUGAUCGUCGUUCAUCACGCGAUCGUCAAGAUUCAACAAGACGUCGAUCACGUGAUCGUGAUCGUAAUCGUCGUACGAAUAAUUAUCGAGGUGAGAAUGAGAUGCAUAACAAUAAUGGCAACGGACCAUAUGAUACAUUCGGAAUAAAUGAUGCUUAUUAA